AUGUCAGCUGAGGGCGUCGAGUUCGACCCUGCCCGGGAUAUUCCCAACCUCGCGGGAAAGACCAUCUUGAUCACAGGCGCCAACACAGGCCUCGGCCGACAAACCGCUUUGGAGCUGGCCAAGCACCACCCCGCCGAGCUCUGGUUAACGGCUCGCGACGAAGCUAAAGGCCAGGAAGUCGUCGCUGCGGUACAAAAGGUGCUCUCUGGUCAUGGCACUGUUAACAUCCUGCCGCUUGAUCUCACUUCAUUCGCUUCUGUCCAGCAAGCGGCCGAAACAUUCCUCUUCAAGACAUCUCGGCUGGACAUUCUCUACCUUAACGCUGGCAUCCUCGGAGCGCCUGCGGGGCUGACCAAAGAUGGAUACGAGAUCCACAUAGGCGUGAACCACCUUGGGCAUGCGUUACUGUUGCAUUUGCUCACACAGCGGUUGCUCGAGACUGCGUCGAGCCAAGGCGCUCCACCGCGUGUCGUCAGCGUCGCAUCGAUCGGCUACAAGUACUGUGGAGACAACGGAAUUGCCCUUUCUACCCUGCGCGAUCUCAAUGCCGGGCUCACGCCUGUGCAGCGCUACACACAGAGCAAGCUUGCCAACGUGCUCUAUGCGCAAGAGGUUGCCCGACACUUCCCACAGUUCACAACGUUGUCUAUCGACCCAGGUAGCGUGGCGACUGAGCUCUUCUCGCGUGAGCCCGGCGACGCACAAGUGAAGCAUUUGCAGGAGAACGUCGCUCCGAAAUCGACGAAGCCCGUGCAAGAGGGUGUCAAGAACCACCUAUGGGCAGGCACAAUAGGCGCUGAGAAGCUGGUGAAUGGGAGGUACUAUGGGCCUGUCGGAAAGAGCGGAACGGAAACUGGAGCGGCCAAGAGUGAAGAGAAGGCGAAAGAGUUGUGGGAAUGGACGCAGGAGGUGAUUGGGUCAGUGGUGAAGGCGUGA